CGCAUCGUUCCGCGUCGUACGCGUGCGCGGUGGAAAGGAAAGCAAAUCUGUCCCAAAAAGUUCACCUCAUGCGGAAACUCAGAAGGAAAAACUGGAUGCGGCUUGCAGGCAUUCGGCUAUAAAAGCCGGGCCAUACUGCAUCCCUUCUGACCUUUCAUCCACCACACCUAAAUUCAAGCACUUCACCAUGUUCGGUCUCAAAUCAGCUGUCCUUGCCUGCCUUUGCGCAGCUCUCGGUGCCGAUGCCCUCACAACGCCUCCCGCCGGAGCCUUGAUUGUGUCCAAGACUUCCCAGGGCAAUGCGAAGGUUUACAGUACUGUGAGCGCCGCAGUCGCCGCUGCCCCCGCCAAGGCUGCCGCCACCAUUUUCGUCUACCCCGGUACAUACAACGAGCAAGUCCAUAUCAAGCGUUCCGCCCCAAUGACAAUUAUCGGUUAUUCCAAAAACGACGUGGAUUACAAGUCGAACGAAGUCUUGAUUACGUACAAGAAGUCUGCUGCCUCGGCCGGUAACAACGAUGCCUCGGGCACUGUCCGCGCGCAAAGUGCUGAUUUCUCGAUGUACAACAUCAACAUCCAGAACGAGUUCGUCGGCUCUCAGGCCAUUGCUCUCUCUGCCCAGGCCGAUCGCCAGGGAUACUACGGCUGCCAAUUGCUGGGAUGGCAAGACACCCUGCUCACGAACCAAGGUCACCACUACUUCGGCAAAACCAAGAUUGUUGGUCGCGUCGACUACAUUUUCGGCUCUCGUUCCCGCGCAUACUUCCAGAAGUGUGACAUGCGCUCGCUGGACAAGGGUUGGGUUACCGCCUCCGGAGUGGACUCUGCUACCAACAAGGGCGUUUACGUGUUUAACCAGUGCACAGUCGCCGCGGCCGAUAAUGCUCUCCCUACCGUCAACGGAGGUGUUGCUUUGGGACGCCCGUGGAGGCAAUUCGCUCAUGUCGUCUUCAUGAACAGCGACAUCUCGAACAUCAUCAAACCCACAGGCUGGGACCAAUGGAACCCGACCGACCCCACCCAAAACCUCCAGUUCUUUGAAUAUAACAACAUGGGCACCGGUUCUGCUACAAGCAAGCGUAUCUUGUCCCGUGUUCUGGCCGCUAACGAGGUUGGAAAAUACUCGAUGGCGAAUGUCCUCGAGUCGACCAACUGGGUGGACAAGAAGUAUAUUUAAACUCGAACUAUUGGUAUACCCCCUAGAUACUAGAUUGGAAAUAGAUUGAUCGUAGCUGAUCGUGCACCUCUGGCUAUAUGAGGGCGGCCUUGGCUACAUAGAAUCGGAAUACGCCCGAAUAUACAUACCAACGAG